CCGGGCGGGCGGCGGGGAGGCGCAGAGCCGGGACUGCGCGUUCGCCCGCCGCGCUCUGGGCGGCCCGACUGAGCGGCUGGACCUCGCGCCUCGCGCCUCGCGCCCCGCGCCGCAGUCGCAGCCGGCUUUUGUUGUCUCCGCCUCCUCGGCCGCCGCCGCCGCCGCCUCUGGACCACGAGCCGCGCGCGCCGGGACCUUGGCUCUGCCCUUCGCAGACUAGGCUGAGCGGGCCGGCCGGGAGCGAGGGAGGCGCGCGCGGGCGGCCAGGGAGCCGCGGGGCCCCCGCCAUGGAGCUCCGGGCCCGAGGCUGGUGGCUUCUGUGCGCGAUCGCCGCGCUGGUCGCCUGCGCCCGCGGGGACCCCGCCAGCAAGAGCCGGAGCUGCAGCGAAGUCCGCCAGAUCUACGGGGACAAGGGCUUUAGCCUGAGCGACGUGCCCCAGGCAGAGAUCUCGGGUGAACAUCUGCGGAUCUGCCCCCAGGGCUAUACCUGCUGCACCAGUGAGAUGGAGGAGAACCUGGCCAACCGUAGCCGUGUGGAGCUAGAGAUGGCCCUCCAAGACAGCAGCCGUGCCCUGCAGGCCACACUGGCCACCCCGCUGCAUGGCAUCGAUGACCAUUUCCAGCGCCUGCUGAAUGACUCGGAGCGCACACUGCAGGAUGCCUUCCCCGGGGCCUUUGGGGACCUGUACACGCAGAACACCCGGGCCUUCCGGGACCUGUAUGCCGAGCUGCGCCUGUACUACCGCGGCGCCAACCUGCACCUGGAGGAGACACUGGCCGAGUUCUGGACCCGGCUGCUGGAACGUCUCUUCAAGCAGCUGCACCCCCAGCUGCUGCUACCUGACGACUACCUGGACUGCCUGGGCAAGCAGGCAGAGGCCUUGCGGCCUUUUGGAGACGCCCCGCGGGAGCUGCGCCUCAGGGCCACCCGUGCUUUUGUGGGAGCACGCUCCUUCGUGCAGGGCCUGGGUGUGGCCAGUGAUGUAGUCCGGAAGGUGGCCCAGGUACCUCUGGCCCCAGAGUGUUCUCGGGCCGUCAUGAAGUUGGUGUACUGUGCCCACUGCCGGGGAGUCCCUGGUGCCCGGCCCUGCCCUGACUAUUGCCGAAAUGUGCUCAAAGGCUGCCUUGCCAAUCAGGCCGACCUGGAUGCUGAGUGGAGGAACCUCCUGGACUCCAUGGUGCUCAUCACUGACAAGUUCUGGGGCCCGUCGGGUGCGGAGAAUGUCAUUGGCAGUAUACACAUGUGGCUGGCGGAAGCCAUCAACAACCUGCAGGACAACAAGGACACACUCACAGCCAAGGUCAUCCAGGGCUGCGGAAACCCGAAGGUCAAUCCCCACGGCUCUGGGCCUGAGGAGAAGCGUCGCCGUGGCAAACUAGCACUGCAGGAGAAGGCCCCCACAGGUACUCUGGAGAAGCUGGUCUCUGAGGCCAAGGCCCAGCUCCGAGACAUCCAGGACUUCUGGAUCAGCCUCCCAGGGACGCUGUGCAGUGAGAAGAUGGCCAUGAGCCCUGCCAGUGAUGACCGCUGCUGGAACGGAAUAUCCAAGGGCCGGUACCUGCCUGAGGUGAUGGGUGAUGGACUGGCCAACCAGAUCAAUAACCCUGAGGUGGAAGUGGACAUCACCAAGCCUGACAUGACCAUCCGGCAGCAGAUCAUGCAGCUCAAGAUCAUGACCAACCGUUUACGUGGCGCCUACGGCGGCAAUGACGUGGACUUCCAGGAUGCUAGUGAUGAUGGCAGUGGUUCGGGCAGUGGAGGUGGCUGCCCAGACGACACCUGUGGCCGGAGGGUCAGCAAGAAGAGCUCCAGUUCCCGGCCCUCCUUGACCCAUGCCCUCCCCGGCCUGUCAGAGCAGGAAGGACAGAAGACCUCAGCCUCCAGCUGCCCAGAGCCCCACAGCUUCUUCCUGCUCUUCCUCGUCACCUUGGUCCUUGCAGCAGCCAGGCCCAGGUGGCGGUAACUGCGCCCUAGCCCCAAGGACUGUCUUGGCCAAAACAUGCAACAGACAAUAUUUAAUUCCCUUGGCCUUCGAGGCCCAGGGCAGGAUGAGGAGACAGUUAGCUCUGAGUGCUGGGGCAGGGUGCAUGGGGUGCUGGCCUUCUGGGUCUGACCGCGCCUGUCACCCUAGCUUUUAAUUUCGUAUCAGGUCAGCUGCGAGCCAGUGUCCCCACAAGCCAUGUAUUUCAGGGACCUCAGGGGCACCUCUGGCUGCACAUAUUCUCCUUUACCCUCCUGCACCACUCCAGAAGCUCGUGAGGCCAACCAGAAGGGCGGCUGUUGGCUGCAGCCCAUCGGAGACCUCAAGUGAGCCUGUGCCUUCCUUUCCCGCCUCUUCCCACUGGGGACUCCCCACCAGACCCCAAGGGCCACAGAUGUCAGAGACUGAGGCCCAUCCCGCAGCUUCCCGGGAAGCCCGCAGGGGCUGCCUGUAUGUUGCUGUCCAGGCUCUGGCAGGGCCUUCACGUUUAUGCAUGAAACCUUCUACUCAGAAGAAACUCUGCAGCCAGGAUCCCCACACAUACCAGGCCAGGACCCUGUGCCCCUGUGGAGCCCAGGGAAUGUGGUCCUCAAAGAAGACCCUCUGUGGGGUUCCUUGAGUGUGACGUAGGUGGCAGCUGGCAUGGCCACACUAGGCUCAGCUCUGCCACACUGCUUGAGGGUGUGUUCUGUCCCCUCACAUGGGUUCACAAAGUCUGGCCUUGGGGUGGGGGGGGGAGGUCCACACAAGGAACCUCACUUCAGGGGGAUAAGCCAGCCACAUCAGGCCUCAAUCCCACUUCUAAAGGUUCCCCUGGCCACAGGGAUGCUGGGUGGCUGGUGAAACUUCAGCUCAGGGUCAAUGGGACCUGGUACGGCAAGUCAGGAGGAUGCCUGGGCCCCUUCCUGACCCAGGCAACUCUGUAGGACUAGGGGAGCAUCAACAGUGAAGGGCUUUUUACAGACAUGCACAUUCAGACUCUCGGUGUCCUUGUCCACUGAGCGUGACAUCUCAGUCUUCCUGGACAGCACUGGAGAGGCUCAGGGCACCAUUUGGAACCUGGUAAUCCUCCUGUGGCCUUGAGACCUGGGGGCGCCUGGCUUACCGAAGCUGUCACAGCUUCUUCUCUUCCAGGGCCUUGGGGAUGCUGAGCUGCUGUAGCUAGGAAGACAGUGGUCCUGACGUGCAGAAGGCCUGGAAAAGGCUGCUUACCAACCUUUUGUUUUGUUUUGUUUUUUUUGUUUUUUUUUUGGUUUUGUUAUUUUGGUUUUUUUGGCCACUGGGUUAAGGAGGCUAUUGCCAGCACAGUGAACCAAGGUCUGCCUGGUAGUCGGUCCCCUGACCCAGGAUGGGUAUUCUCUGCAGUGGGGUCUGUGGAUGUGUUGGGUCCUUUCCCUGAGCACACCCAUCCUGCCACAGUUCUGCUAGUGCCACUCAGGCAGGGGUGGCAGAAGCCAGAUCUGGGCUCUGGGAUGUGAGUGCCUACAUGUCAGGACAGCAGCACCCGGGAUGUACAGGGCAGCCAGGAUGGUGGCUAAGCUACUGUGUCCUUCCUCCAUGAGGCUCCCUGACACUCAGUGCCAGUGGGUAACGUGUGUUCUUUGAGUCCUUGUAUGAAUUAAAGGCUGGAGACCUACAGUG